CUGGCUCUUCGGCCCGGCAGAUUUAAAUCGAUAAACAGGAAGCGCUGCUAGGCCGAGUGCGGGAUUCAUUGCAAACAUUUCCCCGUUAACCGCCGGCGCUUGAUGAAAACACAGCCGCGGGCAGUCUAACGACGUGAAUGGGGGCGAAGACACAAUUCCCUCUGCGCUUUCCGUUUGUUUGUUAUUAAAAGUUUGGAAAUGUUGCUCCGGUCGAGAAAGAUCCACGCCCGACAACCAACAAAGGAGCCGAUUACACCGCGUACCCCUCGCCGGGCGACCGAGAGCCUGAGCAAGACGCCCCGGUCCACGAAGAGAAGGAAGGCGUCUAAGGAUGAUGAUGAUGUCCUGGCUGGCCCAGUGUGGCCCGAGUUUGAAGAAGACGUUGCUCAGUCUGCCAAGAAGAGAGGCACCAUGCAGACAAGGAGCCGUCUCAAAGCAGAGAAGGAUGAUGAUGACGAAGAGUUUAAAACUCCACUGCGAGGACGGCAGUUGCGGGUGAGGUUUGAGAUGAAUGAAGAUUCACCAAGGAAUGCUGUUCGGAAAAUCUACUCUCCCAUCGCCUGCUUGUUAUCUCUGACCCAGCGUGAUGACAAGACACCACGGCGUCAAAGGACCAAGACUUGGAACCAGAACCGGGUCGAGAUGGAAUCCAACUGCUUCAGUCCAGUUCUCGGGAAUGAGGAGGACAAUGAGGUUUUCAACCCAUACACCUUCAUAAAAAACAUCCCAUCCCAAGUAGGACAGUACAAAAUCAGAGAUAUCCCACUGAAGACAAGGAGCAUCCCCGAAAGCACGCUGGUUCUGGAUCUGGAAGAGACUUUAGUCUACAGCUCCCUGAAUGUAAUUGAGAAUGCAGAACACACUUUUCUCACCCACUUCCAGGAUCAGCAGUAUGAGGUCUACAUGAAUAUGAGGCCCUAUGUGCAAGAGUUUUUGGAAAGGAUGUCCAAAGUAUAUGAAAUAUUUGUCUACACAUCUGCUAAAAAGGAGUAUGCGGAUGAGAUUUUAGACUUGGUGGACCCUCAGAAAAAGCUAGUUCGACAUCGCUUGUACCAAGAAGACUGUUUCUGUGUGCAGGGGCACUACAUCAAAGACCUUGCAGUGCUGAAGCGGGACCUGGCCAAGGCUGUCAUUGUGGGCAAUACCCCCUACACCUUCCCUUACCAGCUGAUGAACAUGAUCCCAAUCCCCAGCUGGUAUGGAAACAAAGCAGACCAAGAGCUCCAGAAGCUGAUUCCUGACUUGGAAAAGCUGUCUGAAACUGAUGAUUUUCAGGUCGUGUUGAAGAGGAGAGCGGAUCAGUUGCACAGACUGUUGUCCGAAGAUUGACGACAUUGAAAAUAUCAAUCCUUUAGUAGCCGGAAAAUAUAUAAUUCUUCUUUUUAAAACAUGUCUUAAUCUGUUUUAGGAGACCUGUCUCCCAUUCGCUUAACUGCUGCUGGGUUUAGGGUGGUCUCUGUCAAGGUUGCUUUGAGACACCAUUUCUUAGAUGAGCUGGGGUUCAGAUUGUGUUUUUUUUUUUUUUCUUUUUUUAAUCUUCAACACAGGGCUUUUCUAUACUUUGCAGGUUCUAGAAGUCACUUGUGUAGAACCAUAAUUCUGUGUUGGCACACAUGUAGUGGAGUUUAAAUCCGUUAUCCACAAAGAAUUGUAGCGACCUGGAAUCGGAUACAUGCUGGGGAUGAAGAAAAGAUCAUUUAACAAAAAAAGCAGUUAAUGUAGCCUUUUGUUAAUUUAAAGAACAGAAAAAUUCCUUUCCAGGAAUGCUGUAAUAUACUGUACAUAAUCUGUAAUGUGAUUAGCGUAUGUCACUUUUUUACGUGUCCUUUUUAAUUUGCUGUACAAAUGUGUUUGUUAAACCUGCAUUAUUUUUUUUUUUUUAUUUUUUUAUUUUGUAAUGCUAGAGCACAGAGCUGCGUGCUUUGCAAUUGUUUGCCUACAGUUUAACAAUUGACACCUAUUGGAACACCGAGGCAUCACAUUCCUCUCACUGGGUGUCGCCCUCUGGUGGAUUUGGCAGACAGUGACUUUGCCAGCGAGAGUGCACAUGUACAGUUAGUUUCUAAAUAUGUAUUUUAUUCUUUUAUAUUAACCUAGAUCUAUUUUUUUUUUUUUUUUUAAUAAAAUCUAAAAAAAAAAACUAAUCUUUUUGACACCAGAAGUCUAGUUUUCAAUGAUGGUAACUUCUGAAGGCUAAGGAUUUUUUUUUUUGUUUGUUUCAUUUUCUACAGCAGUUUUAAAAUGGCAUUAGCUAAUUUUAAAUACGCUUUCUAAAAUAUUCUACAUGAAUUGGGCUGUUUUUUGUUUCUGUGUCAGUUUGGUUUUGAUUUAAAUGUUGUUUUUCCUCCAACAUGUGCUCAACACAACUCCUGAAUUUGAUUUUUAUCCUGAAAAAUAAAAUGAAUUAUUACUA